UUUGUUUGAAGGGAUAAGAAAUAGGGUGUUAUUUUGUUGUCAUAUUUGUUCAAUUAUUGUUUAUAAGCAAAAUAUUUCCUGAAUUAAAUUAAAAUUUUAAAUAAAAAAUAUCCUUCCUUGUAUAUUAAUAGGUUUUAAAAAUACAUCAUGUCAAUUAAGAAUAUCCAAACCCAUCAAAGCAAACAAUCCCUCAGCAAAGAACAACUAAUAGAAGCCGUGAAGAAGAAACGAGAGUGCAAAGCUAAAGCAAAACAUGUCGUCGAGUACUGCCUUCAAGACACCGUAGCACCAGAAGAUUUCUUAAACAUGAUUCAACAUAUUAACCAAAGCCACUAUGAAGAUAUUGUUGAGGAACGAUUCAUAUUAAAAAUCUGUGGCUACCCUCUAUGUGAUGUUCUCCUGGAAAAUAUACCGAUGAAAAAAUAUCAAAUAUCGACAAGUACCAAUAAAGUGUACGAUAUCACUUAUAGGAAGAUGUUCUGCAGUACAAAGUGUUUUAAAGCAUCUGAGUAUAUUAAGGCACAAAUGCUCACGAGUCCAUUGUGGAUGCGAGAUAAAGAAGAAAUACCACAAUUUAAACUUUUUACAGAUUCAUGAAAUAAAAUUAUUCUAAUAUUAAAAGGUUA